AUGAAGAUUGUCAUUAUUGGUGCAGGCAUCAGCGGAAUCUCAACCUACCUCUUUCUUAAAAAACACCUUCCCAAUCCAGCUUCGCCUGCCGAGCCCCAUCAGUUGAUUAUUUAUGAAGGCCACGAAGCAAACAAAGAGCUGAAAAGACAGUUGUACUCGAAAGACGCAACGGAGCAAACCACCAACACAAUUGCCAUUGGUGGCGGACUGGGAUUGGGCCCUAAUGGUCUCAAAUGUCUCGAACGUCUCGACGAAGCCUUGUUCCAUGAUGUUGUCCGAUCUGGCCAUACUAUCACGCAGUGGAGAAUGUCUUGUGCGCGAGGCUGGGAGCUAGCUUCCAUUGGCAUUCAGACCGAAGAAGAUCCUCCUACCAACUCUGUAAUGAUUGGUAGGCAGGCUUUGUGGCAUUGCAUGCGGCAGUACGUCCCAGACAUCGCCAUUGUACACAAGAAGAUAUCCAAAGUUGUGGCAGCUGCUGGACAACGGCCGAUGGUAUCUUUCGAUGACGGCGCCGCAGACAUUGAAUGUGAUAUGGUUCUAGGAUGCGACGGGCUUCGAAGUAUUGUGAGGAAGUCGAUGUUCCACAAUGAAGGGGAUGAAUCCUCCGAGAAGUAUCCUCCACAUUACGAAGGACUCGUAGGCGUGGGUGGAUUCAUUCCGUCUUCCUACCUUCGGGAUAACGGAGUAAAGAAUGGGGAGAAGGGUAUUGUUUUCGGUGCCAAUGGUUUCUUUGGGUACGGAUACAAUACAACAUCUCCGGAAGGCCAAAGUAGGAACCUGCCGCAUGAGACCUGCGACCCUGGGGAUGAAGCCAAUUGGUGGUCCACUUACUACCUUGACGAGUGCCCCGACUGGCGGUCAAUAGAUUCUGAGGACGCCAAGCGACAGCUGAUUGCACGUCACUCUAGCUGGAAGAAUCCUGUCAUUCAGAAGAUCAUCAAGAACGUGAAAAUCGAUUCGUUGUACCCGACAUGGACCACCCCUGGGCUGCCGACUUGGGAACGAGCCGGUCUUGUGCUUAUUGGAGAUGCUGCAGAUGCCCUUCAUCCCUCAUCAGGCCAAGGUGCCAACCAAGCUCUGGAAGAUAGCGAGUGCUUCGCACUUCUUCUCGCGCACCACCUCAAAGCCACCUACUUGAAACCUGAGCGAUCCCAGCAAGAAACUGAGCGGCUCGCUGGAGAACAAGCUGCGAAAAAUUAUUCCAACAUGAGGAUUCCCCGAAUCGAGAAAAUACAUCAAAGAUCCGCGGCCCUAGGGGACUUUAAGAAGCCAAAGAACUUGGUGCAAGAAAUGCUGAUGUAUUUGUUCAUAUGGUCUAUGAAGUUCUUCCGAGUCGAUACACAUACACGUGAACUCACCAACUAUGAUGUUCCAUCCGAGGUGGGAAAGAUGCUGGCGGCGUCUCGGGGAAAAUAG